AUGAAAUCUGCUCACUUCCUGGAAAGUUCACAGUGUAAUAUCUGGGUAUUGCAGGUCAACGAAAGAUUAAGCAGUCAAUUUAUUUUAGAAACUGAGAAAGAGAAAAGGCUGGGGGUACCGCGCUCAGAGCCGGCCGCUGUCGCCCCGCAGGAGGAGCUGCCGCUGCCCCUGGAGCACUUUCUGCAGAGGAUGGCCCGGAGACCCCGGCCCCAGCAGUUCUUCGGCCUCAUGGGCAAGCGGGAUGCCGGAUAUGGCCAGAUCUCUCACAAAAGGCAUAAAACAGACUCCUUUGUUGGACUUAUGGGCAAAAGAUCUUUAAAUUCUGGAUCCUCUGAAAGGAGCAUAGCACAGAAUUACGAACGGAGGCGUAAAUGAGGCAUUCCCGUGCAUUAUUUAUUAAACUUCAUUUGUUCCAAUGGCCAAUGCAGUGUAAUAUAAACUAACCACUCUACGGAAUAACUAUUUAUUUAUUAUUAACCAAUUUUUUAAUUUAUUUUUUUGGUUUUUUUUUUUUUUUUUUUUUUUCUGCGUUGUACCUUCAAUAAAAUUGUUAUUUUUCAUAUUGUGGCAGCGAUAGAUCUUGUGUAGGUGCGUUGUGGUUCUGAAAGAACCAGCAGCCCUGGUGACGUCUCACAACAAAGCACAUUGAUAUGGCCUGUAAAGUUAUGUUCACUAACCAGAGAAAAUAUUCUUUUGUCAUUGAAAGUGAGUCUAUCAGCUUCACAGCCAGUGCAGAACAGAGCUGAUGUACAGUCUAGUGCCUCAAUUUGUUUUCAUGGUUUAUAAUGUACUGUAAUUUCCGUAUCAAAAAUAUAUUUGUAUCAUUGCAGCAUGUUUUAUGUUUUGUGACUACGUAUCUAUAUAUUUUAAAAAGGGGGGUGGGUAAGGUUUGAAUGGGAAUCCAAGGUCUUAAUUUCACAGUCUGGAAUUUUAUGAUAGUAACAUUUUAAAUAAAAAUUACUCUGGGGA